AUGCCACGCAAACUCUCCAAAUCCAAAAACGUCUACGCCCCCGCCUCUUCAUCGCACUCAACAACCAACCUCCUAGCUCCCUACCCCCAAAACGCCGGCCUCCCACCCUUCCUAACCGACGGCCUUCCCCUACCCUCGCUCGUCGUCCUCGACCUCGACUACACCCUCUGGCCCUUCUACAGCGACUGCCACCCCUGGCCACCUCUUCGCGCGCUGAGUGGUUCCGUCUUGAGCGACCGCAAUGGCGAGCAAUUUAGUUUUUACAAGCACGUCCCCAUCAUUUUGCACCUGCUGCAGGUUGCGGGGGUAAAACUGGCGGUGGCGAGUAAAAGCCCCGUGGGCGAUUUGUGCAGGGAGAUGCUCAAGAUGUUGAGGGUUCCUGGGGGACUGCCGACUAGUGUGGAGGGGUUCAGACGGAAACCGCCCGGAGGGUCGGGAGUGAAUGAAGAAGGGGAAAAUGGGGGAGAGGAGAGUGGGAAGAAGAGCAAGACAAAGUCGAAAGAGUCGUCAGGGUCAGUAGCAGGGGGGUUGACAGAUGAGAAGGGACGGAAGACGAUAGAGCUUUUUGAUGGUGGACUGGAGAUUUACGAGGGGACAAAGUUGAGGCACUUUGAGGUCAUUCAAAGACGGACGGGGAUACCGUACGAGGAGAUGUUAUUCUUUGAUGAUGAGAGGCCGAAUCUGGAGGUGGAGAGGGUUGGGGUUACGAUGCAGCUGAUUAGGGACGGACUGGAUUGGGAGGAGCUGGAGAAGGGGAUACAGAAGUGGAGGGCUAAUAGAGGGUUUGCGUAG